AUGAAUCUACAGAACAACUUUUUAAAUCAGAUACACCAGAUUUUACUGCCUACGGCUCCUACUCUCGAUAAACCUAACACCGACACGAUAAAAGAAGAAUUUUCGUCAGUAGAAAAUAGAGACGAAAAAGACCACCUCACCAACCAACAACAGCCCAAAAAUUUGAGUGCCCCCUCCACCAAUUCUAAUGGUGAAUUCAUACCGCAUAUUUUUUAUUCGUUACAUCAAAUAAGGAAAGAUCCAAAUAAUCUCUCAAAUCAAUUAGAAACCUCAACAGGUUCGAUUAGGCAUCGUUUGAAACUCUGUAAAUCUUUGAUAUCAGAAAACGAAGACACCAAGGAAUUAUUGAGUAAAAGUCCAUCAGAGUGGCAGGAUAUUAUCCAUCAACGUGAACAGGAAUUGCAAAUCAAGAGAGACGUCUUGGAUGACCUUUAUCGCAAAUUACAACGAUAA